UUUUAUUUGUGAACAGUUUUUUCUUCACUUUCUUUUACUGUUUUCUCGAGAAACAAACAGAGUACUACCUUCUUGAUCUUGAACACUUUAAUGCUUAAUCAAUCACUAAACUUUUGUGGGUCAUCAUAAAAGAAACGAAACGAAAUGCUAACACCCUUUACUAGUUAGCAUUUUGCUACACACACUCUCUCUCUGCAUUUUUUUUCCCGAGAAACAAGCAGAGCAUCAGCUUGUAAUUCUUAGAAAAAUUUAUACUUUCCUUACUGGGUCAGUGGGAUUUCACUACGCCAUCGCUCUUUUUCGAAGUUUUGCGCAAGUGGGUUAGUUGUAGUUUCUGGGUUAAGGCUAUCGAUUAAUGUUUUGUGGCUAUUAUAUUUACUGAGCAUUCGUGUGUGUUGCUAAGAAUUGGAAAAAAUGAGCCGUGCUGGGAUCAAUGGGGACUUGGUGAACCACCUGUUCAAUUUCCCGGAGAGCUUUGAGAAAUUGAUGUUUCCUUCGCAGGAACACGAGUCCAAUGAGAACAAGGGUGUGUUGAGCAUUCCAGUUGACAUUUUGGACACUCCCAAGGAGUACAUUUUCUUCAUGGACGUGCCUGGUCUGUCCAAGUCUGAUAUUCAGGUGAUGGUUGAAGAUGAGAACACUCUCGUGAUCAGGAGUGGUGGAAAGCGAAAACGUGAAGAUGGAGAAGAAGAAGGUUGCAAGUACCUCAGGCUUGAGAGAAGAGCACCAAAAAAGCUUCUGAGAAAGUUCAGAUUGCCCGAAAAUGCUAAUGUGUCAGCCAUUACAGCCAAAUGCGAAAAUGGGGUUUUGACUGUGGUUGUUGAGAAGCUUCCUCCACCACCCAAGUCCAAAACUGUUGAAGUUGCCAUUUCCUAAAAUAGAUUUGGGGAGGAUGGGAAAGACAAAGUGGGAGUAAUGAGUUUCUAGGCUUCUAAUUUGUGUCACCACCAUGUUGUAGAUAGGUUUUAGUUUAGGCAUCAAGUUGGUUGUUAUUUGAAUGCGCAUGUCAAAAAAUUCCUGUGUAUCUUCCUACUACUUUAUGUAGUAAAUGGUGUAGUGUUUUGAUUCAUGUAAUGUUAUUUUUAUGUCUUUUAUGAUCA